CAAGAAAGACCAAGAAGUGGACAACUUGGCGCGCACAACAAGCAUCGUUGAUCAUGUCGAACGAGCAACAGCGAUCUGCAAUGCUUAGCCGUGGAGCAAGAAAGCGAUCGUCUAUAUCUACAGAUGGAAGGCUCAUUGAGCUGCGCCCGAAGGGGACGGUCGUGGUCGUGGCUUCGGCCAGCCCGACAGAGUUCAAGCGCAAACAACACGCCCAGGCGCAGAAACAACAGCGGGACCGGCUGAAGGCUGCCUUGGACCGGAUGGCUCAUGUCCUGGAAGGGCGUGUGCAUGCAGGGACCAGUGGGACGAAGGCCGAGCUGGUGGAGGCAGCAGUGGAAUACAUCCAGAGCCUGCAGGGGGAGAUCGCGCAGCUGAGGGUUGCACUGGGCGCUCGACACGCGACAGGAUAAUCCUACAUAGUUUACGGAGUAAUAAGGAG